GGAAUGUAAAAGAUAUGAUUUUUGGUGAUGCAGCAUAAUGCAAAGUUGCCAACACACCUGCUUACGUACCUACUCAGUUGUCAGCAUUGCCAUGUUUUACGGCGACACCAAAGAGACUUUGCAGAUAAUCGAUUACUCUGCCAAUAAAACAUCAGCCAUCAGGUUAUACCUGUUUUCAGCGCGCUUAAAAAUUAAUUAAAGUUGAAUUGCAUAAUGAAUUAUACAAACUCAAUGAAAGUUUCGGUGAAUGGAAGAAAGUAUUUUAUAUCGGGAAUUCAGAAAUAUACUUCGCACAAAGAAAUAUUGUGCGCGAUAGCCAAAGUUACUCAAUCAUCUAACAGAGAAAUUGAGGGGGACGAAGGAAAACCCCAUAAAGUUUUCAAUGCAGUAAACGCAACUAAAAGAAAUGUUAGUAUUAAAAAAUCUAUUCAAGUAAAGCGUGAUUACGUAGAUAAUCAAAAUAAUUCUAUUGAAACUUUUAAUACUUCAGCUAUAGAUACGGGAAUUAGAAAAAAAUUAUGUAAGAAAAAUCAAUCAAAGGAACGAUCAAUUCAAAGCAGUAAAAAAAAAAGUCGUAUAGCAGAAGAUAAACAUUUAAAACGAAGCGACCAAGUAGUAACUUUUCACAAUUCUACUGGUGAACAAAAAAUAUUAAAAGUUAAAAACAAGAAAAGCUCUAACUUAGAGUAUACGGUAAAAUUUAGCCAAAAUUUAGAAAAAGAAAACCGUUAUCGUAAGUCGCAACAUAAACAUAAAAAUUCUCUAGAAAGUAGCGAUAAUGAUUUUAAUCAUCCAGUUUUUUCUGAAAACAUUCAGAUUCAAAAAUUAAACAAAAAAGUAAAAAAAAAACCGCGAAAAAAAACAGCUUGGAUGAACGAUUUCAAAAACUCCACCCAUAUUUAUUAUGUGGACGGUAAAAGUAACCUUGAAGAAGAUCAGAAAAUGAUGAGCGAAACGACUCUUAACUAUCAAGUCGAAAAAGAUAGUGGUUUACCUUCACCAGACUUUAAUUCAUGUGAAUCCCAGGAUCAAAUAAAAGCAAAUAGAUUUUCCAUAUCUCACAUUAAUAUCGAACAGUUAUUUUUAGAUCAGCUUGCUAGUAUUGAAAACGAGCGCUGUAAACCCCCCGAUAACAAUACAGAGGUAAAUAAAACGUUUAUUAAAAUCAACAACGAUAAAAAAGUAGAUAGUUUGUAUAUUCAAACCGAAGAGAACAAUGUUUAUAUAAAUGCUAUAGAUCUAAGUUCAAAGAAUAAUAUUGACACUUCACUCAGUAAGGCCACUCAAAACGAUAAUGUAAACAUUUCUAGCAAAUAUGAAAAUUUAAAACAAUUAUUGCCUACAGAUUCUUUUACAGAUCAACCAUGCGAAGACUUUUUAUUAAAAAUUGAACCGUCAUUUCAUAUUCAAAAUACUCCAAAUACUUUUUUGGACUUAAAUGAAAACGUCGUUGGCCACACCGAUCAAAGUAAAAAUAUUUUAUUUAGCGAGCAAACGGUUUCUGAUUCAACGGAAAAUUAUAUGAUGCACGAUAAAAAAAAAGUUUUUAAGACAGAUAUAUCUCAUCCUAUUUUGAUGAGUCCAGAAACAAUUCGUAAACAAAAAAGCUUAAGAAAACUUCAAGCAGUUUUUGGCGAAGAUGUUUCUAGUACGCUAUUGCAAAUGGCUGAUAAGUCAAAUUUGAAUUUUAUAGAAAAAAAUAACGAACUAAAUAAGAAAAAGAAAAAAGUAAAUCGUACAAAAAUAUUAAAACAAAACAUUAAGGUGUCUAAAGAAAAAUCUAACGAACCUGAAUAUGUUUCAAAAAACUUGUUUCAUGAAAAACCUGCGUCAGAGGUUUUAGAGUAUAACGUCUUUCGAAAAAAAGAUAAAAGUAAAAAAUCGAAGCCUGUUAAACAGAAAAAAGAAUUUAUAAAAGUGGAACUAUUAAACAACCCUGCAAUUGCCUGUGAUAAUGUUGAUGUUAACACUUGUUCAGAAAAAAUAUCUAACCAUUUACCAAAGUGUGAAAUCGAUCAAAACCGUACAUCCGACGAACACGAUAAAAACGUGCUUAAAAUCUGUUCAAAUAACAAAAAGACAAACGAAAGCCAACACGAAGAAAUGGACAAAGUAGUUAAUACUAAUAAACAAAAUGGCGUUGAUAGAUUAUCUUCUGAAAUUGAUGUUUCAGUACCAGUUAUAGAGUCCGAAACUGAAAUAAAUAGCUUAGAGCAACAACUAAUUGAAGCUACCUUAUCUUUACUUUACAUCGAAGAGCAGACUUUAGACUUAAAUUUAAUAAUAUCCUAUCUUACAGACGAGAUACAAACAAUUAAUAAGGUAGAAAAGCAAAAUCUCGACGAAAUGGAAAGCGUUGUUUUUAAAGAUUUAAAAGACAUUUUAGGUUUACUUAAGUCUGUCACUGACUUGAAUACUUAUCAACGACAAGAAAUGGUAACGAAUAUGAACUUAAUAGAUAAAUUAGACCAAGAAUUAAGGGUUAAAAAAGCUGCGAUUGAGAACUUGAGAAGUGGAAGUUGGAGGACUAACUCAUAUUGCGCUCCCAGAUCUUUGCUUAGAAAAUCAAAGAAAAAGAUUGGAGGAGGACUUUAUGAUAAGAAGUUUAGUUUUGUUUAAUUAUAACAAAUAUAUUUUAGAAUUUCUUAAAUUCUUAAGUCUGUUUGACAGAUUAAUAAAAUAUUUUAAUUCCAAAAUCUGUUUGACAGAUUUUUAUAUUUAUGGUUAAAGUUUUUUUAAUUUUUUUUUUUUUUUAAACUACAAUCUUUUGUUUUUUAUGUAAAACGAAUUUUUAGUAACAAAUAAGAUUGCAAUUUUUUCAGUUCAGUUGCAAUCAAGUA